UGGCGCCGUUGCCGUGGUAACGGGACGCGGCGCCAGGAGCCGGGGGGGGCCGAGCGCCGGUGGCCGUCAUGUCCGAGAUACUGUGCGAGUGGCUGAACGGGGAGGUGAAGCUCUCCCGGAGCGUGGUUCCAGGAUCACUUUCAGAAGAAUUUUCUACUGGCUACCUCCUCGGAGAACUUCUGCACAAGUAUGGUCUUCAGGAUGACUUUAAUCAAUUUUCACAGAGCAGGGCUGCAAAUGCAAAGCUUAACAAUUUUUCUCUCCUGGAGCCCACGCUUCACCUGCUUGGAGUAGACUUUAAUGAGAACGUGGCCCAUGACAUCAUGAUAGGAAAGCAUGGGGCUGCAACAAAGCUUUUAUAUGAAUUGUACAUUGCUUUAGAAAAAAAAAGAAAAACAAAGCUCACUGGAGUAGCUAUGGAAGCAAUGAGACCUGCAGUACCUGCAAGGCUCAAGUCUGUUGGAAGUGUUUCAUUUCGAGAGCGUUUGAAAUCUUUAACAUUACGUCAGGCUGAUUUGCAACUACGGCAGGUUUCAGAUCAUUUUGAAAUGAAAUCUAAGACAAUAGAGGAUAAAAUAGCUCAUAUACAUAUUUCAGAACAACAGAAAUCUCAAAAGCUUCAAGAGGAACAAAGAGCCCAAGACACUGAAAAGCGUCGCAUAGGAAGAAGACAAAAUGAAAUAAUGGCCCGUAUUCAAGCAGCUGUUAUACAGGUUCCAAAGCCAUCACUAAGCCACACCUUAAAAGCUAAUGAUGCAAAAAAAUUGCUAAAGAAGAAAAGAGAAGCGGAGGACACUUACAUGGAGAUUAACAAGUUUGAGAAGUCCAUUGUAGGAAACGCUUUUGAAGUACACAGCCAAGUCACUGAUAGUGAAAUACAAGAAUCGUUACAAACAGAGAAGUUGCAAGAAACAACCCUAGAAAGUACAGCACAGGCAGCAACUGAGCUAUUACCUACUUAUUCAGAUGAUGAAUAUGUAAGAAAAAUUCAAAAACAUUUGGAGGAAGAUAUGUUUUCUAGAGAACAGCGAGAAAAGAGACGUCGUAAAAUGUUAAUGGAACAGUUAAUAGCACAUGAAACAGAAGAGGAGAUUUACCAGGAGGAACAACUUAUUUACAAGCUCAUGAGACAAUCUCAGCAGGAGCGGAGGAUUGCUGUUCAACUCAUGCAUGUUCGACACGAGAAAGAGGUCUUAAAACAAAAUAGAAUUUUCAGGGAAAAGCAGUAUGAAGAAAGACGACUUAGAGAGUUCCAGGAAGCUCUUGACAGAGAGGCGGCUCUUGCAAAACAAGAAAAAAUUGAUUGUGAAGAACAAAUUGUCAAGGAAAGAGAGCGUCAUGAGAAAAUUGCCAGUGAAAGAGCUCAGGCUCAUUAUAAAAAGCAUUAUAACAUCUGUUGGGAAGUGAUUGACCAAAUUGUUGAUUUGUCAACAAAAAUAGGAGAAUAUCGAGUACUGACAAACAACAAAGUUCCAUUAAAACUGAUCUGUGACUGGAAGGAAUUAUUUUUUAAUGGAAAAUCAAUAUAUGAAAAAGCCUCAAUUAAAACUUUGCCAAGUGAACCAAGCCCAGAACAACUUAUAGAGUUGAAUAAAAUGGAUCUAUUAGAUGAAAAAGAUUAUGGUGAAUACAAGAGUAUGACAGGGGAAUGGUGCCCAACUGAAGAGAAAAGAGAAAACAUAUCUCCUCUUAAUAAUAACAUAUUGGGUCAUGUGCUUCAUAGACUGAUGGACAUUUUCUAUCCUUCAAAACCCAGAUCUUCACUACCUGUAAUUCCUCCAUUUCCCAUCAAGGGAUGUAUUCUGGGAAAACUUUUUAGUGGAAAAACUACCUGUGUAAAGUUUCUUGAAAAAGUUUGCAAUAUUCAGGUACUGUCUGUUGAUACUCUGGUUCAGGAGGCCAUCCAAGCUUUUCUUAAUAAUGAAAUGAAAACUGAACACAACUUGAUUUCACAGGAAGCAGAGAGCUCUGCAAAACAAAACAAGGUUCAGGGGAACUUCUCAGCAUCAUCAAUGAAAUUUCUAACAGGAACAUUUACUAAUGGAACUGAAGGUAAUCAUCCUGUCAAAAAGCAUCCAUCUGAUCAGGAAAUUGUAUCAGACCACAAAGAGAAUGACAUAUCCAAGCUAUCUGUACGUGCCCAGCUUGGCGCUGCAUCACAGAAAUUGCUGAAGAAAGGAAAAAGUAUUCCUGAUGAAUUACUAGUUGACAUCCUAUUGGAAGCCAUUAACCGCGCAUCACCAGAGAAGGGAUGGAUUCUGGAUGGAUUUCCAAUGACGGUUAAUCAGGCAAGGCUAUUUGAAAAAGCCUGUACAGGGAUUGAUCCAGAUGAAAUGGAAGCAAAAUAUGUGAACUGUGGAAAGAUCUCACUUGUUACAAAUCCUAGAACCCCUAACAAGCCUUCUGUUGCCUUACCUGCAUUUGAUGUUUCUGUAUUAUUGGAUAUUUCAGACACCACAGUAUUGAAACGUGUGGCUAGCUUGAAGUCAGAUAAAUCAAAGCCCUCUCAAAUUGAACAGGAGAACAACAGUCAAAAUUCAGAUGUUAAAAUCAUAGAAGAGAUGACUGACUUAGCAAAGGACCAGGUGCUGCAUAGAAUUUCAGGCUUCCUAGACACAUGGCCAAAAUUAGAGAACUGGUUUUCAGACAAUCAAAACACUCUAGUGAAGGUCAAUGCAGAGACAGAAGAAAGUAUUGUGUGCAAAACUGUGAAGGAAAUUCUGAUUGAAGAAAUUGACAAAAAGCAGAAUAAAAGGUCAGUACUAGAAGAAUCACCAGAAGAAAAGGCUUUGCCAGUUAAACCUCAAGAUCUGCUUUCUCCUAUUUCUGUGACACCACCACAGAUUAAGCCAGGGACAGGUGAAUGGAUUUAUGUAGAUGAGCCACUUCCCAAGGAGAUACCUGAUUUUUUAGUUCCUUAUUGGGAAAUUGUAGAAAAUGUGUAUGUGAAUACCAUCAAAACUGUACUUAGAUGUCUAAGGGAUGAACAGUACUCCAUGAUAUAUUACUUAGCAGAUAUUAGAAAAAAUUUCCAAGAUUAUUUAAAGCAUCCAGAUCAUAAGCAGGAGUUUGUAUCCCAGUGGCAAUUAGAUUUUAAUUCAAUUUCUGAUGACCUACGGGAAGAUGAGGAAACAAAAGCAGAACUCCACCAAAGAGUAACUGACUUAAGAGAUCUUCUCUGGGAUAUCUGUGAUAAAAGAAGGGAAGAAGCAGAGCAGGAACGUACUGAUAUCAUGAAUGAUGGCUGGUUGCGAGAUCAUAAGGGGAUUGCAAUAAACCAUUUUUUUUCACUUAUGCAGGUUGAAGUGGAUCGUUUCCAAGAUACAAAGAGACUUCUUCAUGACUAUUAUAGAGCAAUGGAAGGAAAAAUCCCAACAGAGGACAGACAAGGUUUUACUAGACUCCCAUUGCUAGAUAUUGUCGAUAAGGAGCAGAAGGAAGAUCAGAAUGAAUCAAGAAGGAUUCCUCUGGUUUCUUAUAAACUGCCUUCACCAGAAACAAAUAUUACUAAAUCAAAAAGCAAGGGAACUCUACUGAAGAGUGUUAAAGAUGAGAAUUCUUCUGAAAAUGUAGUGAUUGCUUUUGGGAAAGAUGAAAAUGUUAUUUCUGAUACAUGGCAAACAGCAGUAACAGCAAUAUCAGAUAUGGUAAGAGCAGAAAUACAGUCAAAAGAAGUGAAGGAAGAAGAAAAGCAGCUACAAGUGAAAGAAGAUCUGAAGUCUUCUCAGACAAUGUCAAGCAGGUCUACUGAGAAAGAUGCCAAAGGCACCAAAAAAUCCCCCAAAUCGCCUACUAAAAAGAAAGGACCUUCUUCUACUGCCUCUGCAGCUGAAGGCAGUCCAGUUCCUUUAACCUCUGAAGAACUGAAGAAACAAAAACUGACGCUUAAAAUACAGCAAGAAUAUUUUGCUGCCCUGAAACAUGAGGAGAAAGCUACAAAAACUCGGCUAAAACUUAUAAAAGAUAAAGCUAUAGCAUAUGUUGAAGAGUUAACAAUGAAAGCAGAAGAAGCUUAUGCAGAUAUGGAAAAGUGGCUUGGAGCAAGGUUCCUAGCAGAAAUGUCCAGUGUUGAAAAGCUGAUUGAGGUAGGACGGCACCAUAUUGAAAGUUCUAGCAAAAUCCAAUAUGAAAUGAAUUUAGAAGAAACAGAUUUCUUCAUCAGCAGUGAUGUAAAAGUGAUUCCUGAUCCUGUUCCUCCAUCACAAGUUCCACUAAUAGAGACUUCUGAAAGUAGUACUUUAACUAUUUCACAACUUAACACACUUCAUAAACACUUUCUACAAGUGGCACCUAAGGGUUUCAUACAAAAGGAAGUAUUUAUUGACAUUUUUAUAGAUCUGAUUAAUUCAAAUCUUGGAGCAAAUUACCUUCCUGAUGCAUGGAUGAACCUAACGCUUACAGAUUUACAUAAGCUGACAACUGCAUUCAGUACGAACACAGAACUGAUUGACUGGCGCAGAUUCAUGUUAUCAGCAGCACAGCCUUGGCCAGUGCCAUCUGUGACACAACUUCUCAAAACCCUCCAUAACUUCAUGUCAGUUGAUGUAGCUGGAUCAGGCUUUGUUACAGUGGAAUACUACAUGCAGGUUGGCUUAUGGUUUAAUGGAAGUGAAGAUCUAAGCAAAACAAAAGAUUGCACAGAACAUUUGGCUUUUGAUAGGUUAGGAAAUCUCUUAAAAUUUUUCUUCCAUUUAUUUGCUGAUACUGGAAAGGUUCCUGCACUGCUCAACUAUUCUGAGAUGUUACUUUAUUUUGCUUCCCACUCUGAUCCUACUGAAGGUGUUUACAGAGCACUUAGCAUAGCUACUAGAACAUACAUUAACAAAAAAGAAGCGUCUCUUGUAUGUGAGACUUUUCCAUAUACUAAUACAGAAGAAGAUGAAAAUGAACUCUUGAAUUAUAGAGGUGAAGGAGUAGUUUCACUGGCAACUCUGCUCAAAGUGUUUCCUGAUGGAGGAAGUAGGGAUGAAGACAAUCAUAGAUUUUGUAGCCUGGAGAUAGAAGGCAGUUAUGAUAAGCAUUUCAUAAAAAUAUACAAAGAAUUGGGCAAUGAAGAUCUAACACCUCUUCCAGUUGAACUCCUUUUGAAACACCCUUUCAUUCAAGACUUGAUUAAGAAGUACCAAGGGUACAAACUUCACGAUAUUAAAUUCUUCCUUCAAAGAGCUGAACAAGCACAGUCAACUGAUGAGAAAACCACAUGUAAAGACAGUGAUGUAUGAAAACCUGUGGUUCAUAAAAGAAUUUUUUUUUUUUAAUUUAUGCAAGAAAUGAGUGCUAGAUCUCUACUCCUCCCUCUCAAGGGAAAGAUUUAUUCAUAUAUUCCCACAAGAGUCAAAUCCUGAAGCACUUACACAUUUAGUUAUUACUUCAAAAGUUAUUACUUCCAAUUAAAAAAAAGAAAGAACAAACAACAACAAUAAAAACAUCAAUAUUUAUUAGUUCAUAUUAAACAACCUGAUAUAACUAAGUUCUAAAUAAAAUAAAGCCUGUUUCUGAAUUUAUACAG